AUGUCUCCGAGUGAACGAACCGGAUUACUUGCAGGCUCUGUAAAUGAAAGCGAACCAACAGGUCCCAACUCAGCGGAGAGUCCCAAGGACAAUGCUGGCGGCACCAACAAUAGUACCAGACUAACGAUCUUCAUCGCAUAUCUCGGGGCAUUUCUUGCCAGCUCUGACGAAUCCGUCUUCCAUGAGCUCGCCAAAGGCCCAUGGCUGGUCACUGGCUAUAACCUGGGCUACUGUAUUGCAUUGCCGAUCAAUGGCACAUUGGCAGAUACAUGGGGGCGGAAGCUGUCCAUGCUAAUAGGAUACUCAUUCUUUGGCCUAGGGUGUCUUAUCAGCUCUACCAGCCCGGCAAUGACUGGGUUGGUAGCAGGACGAUUUGUCAGUGGUGCCGGCGCUGCUGGCAUGACCAUCACAAUUUCAAUCAUCAUCACCGAUCUGGCCGCGCCCCGGGAUGUUGCCCUUCUGCGGAGUUAUACCAACGUUGUGGCCAUGAUUGGACGCGGCCUUGGGGCUCCAUUAGGCAGCAUCGCGUUUGCGGGCCAAUUGCCGCUUAUUGUGCUCUGUCUGGUUUUAUCCCGAGUAUACUUUCCAAACCAACCUAGAGAGUCCGCACAGUCUCAAGGCUCCCAUGGGGGGAAGGUCAAGCAACUUGAUUAUAUAGGCAUUGCUACCUUUGCUACUGCCAUACUGGCUCUAUUGUUAGCCAUGACAGUCGCAGGCCAGGAUGGCGGCAAAAUGUCCCACAUCUAUUUGUGGAUGGUGACUUUCGCCCUCGCAGCAACCUUGUUCGUCUUCAACGAGAUUCUAUGGGCAAGGAGGCCACUGGUACCUCUGAGCCUGGUCACUAAAGGCAUUGGACAGUAUUGGCUGGUGGAGCUAGUGCUCUUCUGCGGGCGAACGGGGCUUGUUGCUACUAUAACUCAAUACCUCAGCCAAGUGAAGCGGGUUCCAGAGGCCACGGCUUCGAUGUUUCUCGUUUUCUGCACGAUGGGACUUGCAGUCAGUUCCAUGGCUUCCGGUUUCGCAAUCCAGCGAACAAAGCGGUACAAAAAGCGAGGUAUCUACGCUGCGGUGAUCAGUGUAAUAUCAUCGAUUCUCCUUUUCUUCUCGUGGCACUUCGAUCAUCCCGUGGCGGAGUCCUUGCUAGUGAUUCCUAUGAGUACGCCGAUCGGCAUCAUUAUUUCCGGCGAAUUUAUCGGCAUGUCCAAUCGUGCACCGCCAGAGAUCCUCGCAUCAUCGGUCGGAGCAUACUACCUCAGUCAGCAGUUAGGUUCGAUCAUGGGCGCAGCUAUGGGACCCCUGAUCGUGAGGACCGGGUUCAAGUACGACAUUGCCGGGCGGCUGAACGAGCAAGUCGAAACUGAGUACGUCAAUACCCUGCCGGAAGAUAUCCAGCGAGUCGUUCGUUCCUCCUUGGGCUAUGGAUAUCAAUUCGUGCCAGUACUUGCAACGGUCACGGUUGCUCUCUAUGUACCCAGCCUGGUGUUGACGCGCGAACAAUCGGUGGAGUAA